AGUCCAUUCUUGUGAGGUUUGAGAGCGCGGGGCUGGAUUGUGCGCAGCGGGGCUCUGAAAUGCGCUCGCGCCCACUACUCUUUGGAUACCGUGAUCCUUUAUGCAGCAUGGGUGCACAUGAAAAGCACUACCGUCUGUGUAGUAACCUGAUCUUUUUAUGAGCAGCGGAAUUUGCGUGUUUUUUCUUCUGCUAUUUUGGAUGGCAUCCUGAGCGAGGAGGAGCCCCUGUGUGUGUGUGUGUGUGUGUGUGUGCGCGCGCGCGCGUGUUUGUGUAUGUGUACAGCAGCAGAGCGCUUCAUCCUCCCAGCGCCUGGUUCUAGCUGUUUAGCUAGAUAAAGGAAUGAGAAAGCGCAGGUGUGCAGAAGGGUGAGUUUUAAAGCUGCACUUUGCUUUUGGACAAAACAAUCUGAGAGAGAGAGAGAGAGAGAGAGAGAGAGGCUCAGUGUAACAGGAGGGACUUGCUCACUAAUAAAGUCUUGAAAUCAGAAGAAUAAGAAAAACGCUGCAAGCUGUGACAAGGGGCAGAAGAGAGCGUCUGGUGCACCAUCUCCACAUCUCACUGGAUCCUACGUGAAAUAACUUAGGAAAAAAAAUGUCAUCGCAAACGAAAUACAAGAAGGACAAGGAGAUCAUUGGGGAAUAUGAAACGCAAGUUAAAGAGAUCCGUAAUCAGCUGGUGGAGCAGUUUAAGUGUCUGGAGCAGCAGUCAGAAUCUCGGAUCCAGCUGCUGCAGGACCUGCAGGAGUUUUUCCGCCGCAAAGCCGAGAUUCAGCUGGAGUAUUCACGCAGCCUGGAGAAACUAGCCGAGAGGUUCUCGUCCAAGAUUCGCUCCUCCAGAGAACACCAGCAGUUCAAGAAAGACCAGCAUCUCCUGUCUUCCGUGAACUGCUGGUACCUGGUUUUGAAUCAGACUCGCAGAGAAAGCCGCGACCAUGCCACACUCAACGACAUCUACAUCAACAACGUCAUCGUCCGCCUGGCGCAGAUCAGCGAGGACGUCAUUCGCCUCUUUAAAAAGAGCAAAGAAAUUGGCAUUCAGAUGCAUGAGGAGUUGGUGAAAGUGACAAAUGAGCUAUACACGGUGAUGAAGACGUACCACAUGUACCACACGGAGAGCAUCAGUGCCGAGAGCAAGCUGAAGGACGCAGAGAAGCAGGAGGAGAAACAGUACAGCAAAUCCGGCGACCUGAACGUCAAUCUCCUGCGGCACGAGGAGCGCGCUCAGCGCCGCAGCUCUGUCAGGAAGAUUGAGAAGAUGAAGGAGAAGAGACAAGCCAAGUAUUCAGAAAACAAGCUGAAAUGCACAAAAGCUCGCAACGACUAUUUAUUGAAUCUGGCAGCCACCAAUGCCGUAGUGGCAAAAUACUACAUUCACGACGUCUCCGACAUGAUUGACUGCUGUGACCUCGGUUAUCAUGCCAGCCUGGCACGCAUGUUUAGGACCUAUCUGUCUGCUGAAUACAACCUGGAGACUUCUCGCCAUGAAGGUCUGGACCUGAUCGAGAGCGCCGUGGACAACCUGGACUCCCGUAGUGACAAGCACAAGAUCAUGGAUAUGUACAACCAGGUGUUCUGUCCUCCAAUGCGCUUUGAGUAUCUGCCUCACAUGGGAGAUGAGGUGUGCCAGGUGAGUGCUCAGCAGCCAGUCCAGACAGAGCUCCUGAUGCGCUACCAUCAGCUGCAGUCGCGCCUGGCUACACUCAAGAUCGAGAACGAGGAGGUACGCAAGACCUUGGAUGCGACAAUGCAGACACUCCAGGACAUGCUGACCGUGGAGGACUUUGACGUGUCUGAUGCCUUCCAGCACAGCCGCUCCACAGAGUCCAUUAAAUCAGUGGCAUCUGAAGGCUACAUGAGCAAGCUGAACAUUGCAAAGCGGCGCUCCAACCAGCAGGAAACCGAGCUCUUCUACUUCACAAAAUUUAAAGAGUACCUGAACGGAAGCAACCUCAUCAUUAAACUGCAGGCCAAGCACGACCUCCUGAAGCAGACGCUGGGGGAAGGAGAAAGGGCUGAGUGUGGAACGACAAGACCCCCUACCCUACCCCCGAAACCACAGAAACUCCGGAAACCCCGGCCACGCUCCGUCUAUAAUCAUAAGCUGUUUAACGGAAAUAUGGAGACCUUCAUUAAGGAUUCAGGUCAGCCCAUUCCUCUUGUAGUGGAAAGCUGUAUUCGAUACAUCAAUCUCUAUGGUCUGCAGCAACAAGGCAUAUUUCGAGUUCCUGGAUCUCAGGUUGAAGUCAACGAUAUUAAAAAUUCAUUUGAGAGAGGCGAAGACCCACUUAUUGAUGACCAGAGUGAUCAUGAUAUAAACUCAGUGGCCGGGGUUCUGAAGUUGUACUUCAGGGGCUUGGAGAACCCUCUCUUCCCGAAGGAACGCUUCCUGGAUUUCAUCUCCACCAUUAAGCUCGAGUCAUCUGCUGAAAGAGUCCAUCAUCUUCAGCAGAUCAUAGUCACUCUUCCGCGUACCAUCAUCAUCGUCAUGAGAUACCUGUUUGCGUUUCUCAAUCAUCUGUCGCAGUACAGUGAUGAGAAUAUGAUGGAUCCCUACAACCUGGCCAUCUGCUUCGGCCCAACUCUGAUGCCCAUCCCGGACGGCCAGGACCCUGUGGCCUGUCAGGCCCAUGUGAACGAAGUCAUCAAGACCAUCAUCAUCCACAGUGAGGUCAUCUUCCCAAGCCACCGGGAACUUGAGGGCCCUGUAUAUGAGAAGUGCAUGACUGGAGGAGAGGAGUACUGUGAUAGCCCGCACAGUGAACCAGGCACCAUUGAUGAGGCGGACAAUGGAACUGAGCCACACACCAGUGAUGACGAGGUAGAGCAGAUAGAAGCAAUCGCUAAAUUCGACUAUGUAGGGCGCACACCUCGAGAGCUGUCCUUUAAGAAGGGCGCAUCACUGCUGCUCUACCAUAGAGCGUCAGAGGACUGGUGGGAAGGCAGACACAACGGCGUGGACGGUCUCAUCCCUCAUCAGUACAUCGUAGUACAGGACCUGGACGACGCCUUUUCUGAUAAUCUAAGCCAGAAGGCGGACAGUGAGGCAAGCAGCGGGCCUCUGCUAGAUGACAAGUCCUCGUCUAAAAAUGACCUCCACUCACCGUGUGAGACAGCACCAGACUAUAACUUCAGUGCAGUGAUGGGCAGGGUACGUUUGCGUUCGGAUGGUGCGGCUAUCCCACGGCGCCGCAGUGCUACAGAGAGCCACAGUCCCCCACGUGGUUCUGACACACCUCCUCGUGCAGCCGCCUGUCCCAGCAGCCCUCACAAAGCCAUGCUGAGCAGCAGGAACCGUGUGGAAAGUCCUGAUAAGAGACGCCUGGGCACGUUUGGCAGUGCUGGCACUAUAAAUUACCCUGAGAGAAAGGUGUAUGGAGAGGGCCAUCCACUGAGACCUUGCACUGGCACACGCCACAGCAGCUUGGGAGACCAUAAGAGCCUGGAGGCUGAGGCCUUAGCUGAGGACAUAGAGAAGACGAUGAGCACGGCUCUGCACGAGCUGCGUGAGCUGGAACGUCAGAACACAGCCAAGCAGGCCCCGGACGUGGUGCUGGACACACUGGAGCCACUGAAAAACCCUGUAAGCUCAGAGCCAGCCAGCCCCUCACACACCAUCGCCAUCCGUGACCCCGAGGCAGCUCUGAGACGUGGGAGUAGCUCCUCCUCUAGUGCUGCUGAAACCAUGAUGAUGAGCACGUUCAAGCCAGCGCUGUGUGCCAGGCUGCCCAGCGCCCAGCUGCGACCUCCGGCUAUCAGGCCCGCACGCCCCGUGCCCUCUCAACAGCAGCGCUCAAGCAGCUCAGGCUCCUCUGGAGUGGGCAGCCCUGCCAUCACCCCCACCGACAAGAGCUUUCCCAGCAGCCCCUCCUCUAACACAGCUGAUAAACACGGUGGCAGUAUGUAGCUCCACCAAGUGUCAGGGUCAGGGUCGGCUCUCCGAUUUGUAAUUCAGCCGGCCUAAUGAAGACCAAAUUGAAGGGGGAAAUGUUUCACAGUUGUUGUUUUUUUUAUUUUAGGGUUUGUUUGUUUGUUUUUUUCUUCAGAAUGAGCCUCAGAAUACUUCAGAAGUGAGCUGUGGUUACUAAGGCAACAAGCAUAUGAAGUCACAAAGUUUACUUUUAUAGCACUCAGUGUGGUAAAACAUGAGGUGUAAAAAAAAUACUGGAAAAUAAUAGCAGCUGUGUAUCACAUACAGUAGGGUCUAAAAGAAUCCACUACUAAAAACUGAUUUUAUUUGUGUUAGUUCGAAUAUAUAAGUGAAUACAUUUUGUCAGCUUAUGUUUCUCCAACAGGAUUACAAAGAAAGAACGUUUGCAGUUUACUGAAACCGUAGCUACGAUGCCUAACACAGAGGGCCAUAAUAAUUAAACCAUCAUCAAGUUCAGCCGGAUAAAAAAAAUUGUGUUUAUUGUCAGUGGUCCUGUUUAACAUUUUUCAUCCUUACAUCUAAAAAAAUGAAGCAAAUGGCAGGCAAACUGAAUAUUCAGCGAUAUUUCAUGUGUAGUAUGAUGAACUUCCAAAUUCUUGAGUAAUACAUAUUAACAAAGAGGAUUGGAAUAUCUGCUUUUAAUAGGUGGAGCAAAUACAAACAUUUUAGAAGUGGAGUAAGUUUUGGACCCUACAGUAUAUAUUAGUAUAUAAUAGAGGUGUGUCUGUAUGAAUAUACACACAUACACACAUAUAUCACUACCUAUAUAUAUGUAUUUAAAUAUAUAUCAACAUCUUAAUCUGAAAUGUUAAUGAUAAUUCACCCUCUUCGGCCAGUCACACAGUAGAGCAAUACUACACGAAAUUGUUGUUUGUUCUCUCUGCACUGCUCGGCCAGAGGUGUUGUUAUUGAGGGGGUGGAGCUCUCUGUCUCUCUCUCUCAGAGAAGGUGGUCCCAUGUAGCCCCUCCCCUAGAACCUGACUGUCACUCAAAGCAUCCUGUGACUCCAAGCCCGCCCACAUGGGUUGUUGUAAAUAGAGAUAUACUGUACUUGAACUGGUAAUGCCUUUUGUUUUGUAGUAUAAGGGAUGUUCAGUUAAAUAACAACAUAGCCAAGUUGUAAACAUAUAUGAGAUGCAGAAACUGAAACCAAUAUCCAUCACCAACUAAUUGUAAGAAACCUGUGGUAAAGAAGAUAUAGUUUACUUUGUAUAUAAUUUUUAAGUAGGAUGUUUUUUUGUUUUUUUUUAAUGUUAAACAUGUAUAUUUGGGGACAGAACAGGCAAGAAUAGAUGGCAUUUCAGUCACAACCAGCAAACAAAGAUCGCAUUCAUAAAUACGAGUACUUUGUGUUCGCUGUCUGAGCCGUUACUCUAAAUAUAUUCCGCUUUACUCUGUCUUCAUCAAAAAAGCAUUUCUGAAACUCAUAAAUAUUCAGCACACUUAGAACUGGACCAAGCCGGUUAUUCCUGUUUAAACAAUCCCAGCUUUUCAUAAGGAGCCUUCAAGUUUUUUGGGUGCACUUUUAGAAAAUUGGUCCUCAACAGUAUAUUUAAGGGUGCUUAGCUUCCUGAAAGGGUUCUAUGAGGAAACUCUUCUGAUCAGUAAACUCUCUGUUGUACUUAGCAGGACGAGAAGUGCCCAGGAACUCCUCUAACCUUUUCUUAACCUUUUAAACUAGUUAAGGAAACUGAUGUCACCUAAGGAUAAUAUUAAUCUUAUUUUGAAAAAAAAAAGACAUAAUAGAUAAAUAUAGCUAUACUUUCCAAGGACAAUGUGUAACCACACAUUUUUCCACCGUUUGUAGGUGAGGUGCUGUAGCCUACUGAAAUAUUUAUAGAAAAAAUGACAAGUGGCACAUGUAAAAAUAAAUAAAUAAAAAGUAUCUAGUCAAUUUAUUAAACUCAAACCUACAAACCACUUCUAGACUCACAUAUUGUACAACUGUUCACAUACAUGACGAGUUAAUCCUCAAUAACAUCAAUGUGUUCUUAUUUAUAUCGUUAUUAACGUGAGCCGUUGUUUUCCCCAAGAUCUUAAAGGGCUUGAGUAUGCUGUAUUUCUAACACAUGGGGUUAUAUAGAGAUAUGGAGAGUCAUGCUAAUCCAACGUUGAUAAUUCCCACCAAUGCAUAGCAGAUCCUGCAGGGAACAUCUCACUUGCCCCCAUUCUGUCACAUCAAUUCCAGUUCAUCUUCAGCUGGUUUCCAGUUCUCAGCCUCCUCCUGCUCACUGCAUUUGGAGGAGGAGUUCUUACUCAGGCACGAUGAUUGCCCGACUGAACCAAUUAUCCGCUUCAGUCAGUCUCUAAUCUCAUCUUCACCGCAGAUGAUCAAACAUGGCCACAUUUUUUUGCCCUCUUAUUUGCCGACUCUUGCCUGUUCUGCUCUAAUUGUAAAUGCUUGUAUAGUUGCAAGAAAAAUUCUGCUGGGAAAAAGUACUGUUACUGCACACUUUGCUUGGUUUGCAAUGUGAUGAUGUUUAGCGAGUGGAGCCCUUGUCUUAAUGUAUCAACAGCACAGACAUCUUUAUCUGUCUCGUUAGUUAGGUAGGCUUUCGGUUCAAACACGCACUGGCAUCUGUGUCUGAGUCUUAGCCCUGAUCAAUGUGCCAUUCUUUUUACAUUGCAUUACAAUGACUUGGCCCUUAUCUUACUGUCAGCAUUUUAUACCCGCUUGUGUUAGCAACCAGUAAUUAGUGGCCAGUCGUUAAUUACUGCUCAGCUAGCUCAGCCUCACCUUCUGCACGGACUUUCAUUGCUCAUGAUCGGGUGACGGAUGUGCAUGUGAUUCGCUGAGACAACGCAGUUGUGCCUUUCUCAGAUCUACCACACAGUCCUUUAAAAAGAAACAUGGAGGGUUGUUCAUUAGUACUAACAUCGCAUUACUGUGACACUUCACACUAAUUUAUACAUAUAAAAUAUGAUGUCAAGCUAGAAAACACGAGAAAGGCAUUAAUAUACAAAUUUGCCAAUGAUACAGUUGCAGUGAGGCUGAUUUAAGGUGCCUUGAUAAGAAAGCACCACUGACAGAGGAUUAGAAACACUCAUCCCCUACGUGAAUGGUUCUAAACUGUGUCUUUCCUUAACCUUAGGAUGGUACCUUCAAGUGAGCAUCUUUUAUACUAUGGUCCUCAUACCUGUAAAGGCGCACGUUUAAAUGUAGUGUACCUUCAAGGAUGAAUUCUUAAACUUAUAUAAUCUGGUCUUUAAGCUUCAGUCAGCUUCAAAUAUUCAAAUAUGUAUCUUAAGUAGUCCAUGAGCUACAUGAGCACAGGUUAUCGUCUGUGUGGAGUGUUGCAUGUUAGCCCCACGUACACAGUGAUUUCCUCUGGAUUCUCUGGGUUUCUUCCUAGCCCAAAAAUCAUGCAUGUAGGUUGACUGGCUAGACUAAAUUGCUUCAAGUGGUGAGGGACUGGCAACCCAUCCAUGCUUCACACCCACUGCUCCUCUGGAUAAUAAUAAUACAGGUAUAAAAGGUGCAUCCUUGAGGGUCCCACUUCAGUGAGGAACAAUAUAAUUUAGUACUUUUAUUUACAAGUGGCGGAUCUAAUCGGGAUGAGGCUGAUGAGAAGUCGUUCAUUAGAUCCAGUUUCUUCCCGAAUGGCGAUUCCUCUGGCGUCUUUGUUUAGAAAGCCAGGGUACUUUGUCUUCUGCAUGGCAGCAGGUCCUGUACUGCCCCCUGGAGGCCAGAAAGACUUUCCUCUUGUGCCCUUCAUCUCCCUCUUCUGGAAAAUGCUGGAUAAAUGUGUUUAAUCAGAGAGCUGUCUCAUACAGAAUAAUACAAUUUGUCUGUGUAGAAUAAAAUGUUACAUUAAAAUAAAUAAAUUCACAAUGUAUAUAGACACACUGCCCUCCACUCUGUCCUGAUGUUAGUCCUGAUCUUAAAUCAGUAAUGAUAAUUUGGUUGUUCUUGAUCUUAUCUGAAGCACUGACCACUAACAUCUACUCCAGUGCCUGAUAGGAGCACAAAAAAAACACAUUUCCAAAUUGCCACAGAGUCAUUGACUGUAUGAUCUACAGUAUAUGUUAUGUUUUUUACUUAACCUUUAAUAAUUUUGCUGCACAUCAAUUUUUGUUGACUUUGAUAAAAUGUCUUAAUUAUGAUCACGGUUCUUUUUGGAGUUCAUCAUAUUAGAAUUUGAACCAUCAGGGACGUCUGAUCAAAUCCUCAGCUAGCAGUAAAGCUUGUUCCUGCACUGGAUUCUUGAAAGUGCUUGUGAGUAGGAGCAGUUGAACGUGUUACUAGAGAUUAAUGGCAGAUGUGUGAAAACUGCAGUCCAUAUCCCACCAUCCUGAGGUUUUAAUAAUCCCCAUCUGUUUCUUAUGUGUGUCAAGUAAUUCUUUAUCAUUCCUGUCUCCUCUCUGUAUGACCUGAGACUGUGCUGCACAAAAGCUUUGACUUCCUGCUCCUUGUAUAAUCCUUCUACCUAUCGUUUUAGCUAAUGCAUCGCAGUAUUUAAGGCCUAGUCAAAUCUUCUAUGGUACUUGCACGAUUACUGAGGCACUCUGUGUCCUCCCGUCCUUAACGGACUGUACAUGGACCAUAAAUUCUGGAAGAUUUUUUUUUCUGUCGGUUUGAGAACGUAUGCUCUAAUGGGUGUGUAUUAUAUGUAUGCUUGAUUGUAUGUAUGCUAAAGGUAACAGAAUUCCUCCUUUCUAUAGACACAGCAUUCAUUAAGCCAAACUUGCGUCUGUCUGUACUAGUGGGUUGUGAAUAUUGACAUACUGUUUUUCGCCCUCCUAUUAACCCUUUUGUCUAAUGAUGCUGUUUGUUCAUGAGUGUUUGGAUGGUUGAUUCCUCCCUAUGAUGUAGGUUAACUGUACACCAUGCCACUGUUUGGAUGUGAAGAAUUCUCGAAUCCAAAAUAAAAACAGAUGACAUUUUUUUGACAUCUUAUGUUUUAAACCUUCA